AUGUGUGGUGAGAGGAAAGGCGAGUACACCCUGGGGAACUGUACGGUGAGGUGGACCUACAUCCUGGCUAUCAGCUGUGUCCUGGACUCUCUCAUCCUGGCCUUCCUAGCCUUCACACUGGGUAACAGACGGGACAAACCGCUGCCAGGUGACUUCGAGGUGGAAGGGAAAGGUGAGGGGACAAAAUUAGGAGAUAUUUGUUGCAUGAGGGAUUCAUUCAAAAAUAGCUAAGGGGUUUGGGGGGGGGGGGGGGGCAUGCUGCAUAGCACAUUUCCCUAGUGGAUAUGAAAGUAUACAAUUCCAUUUUAUUUUAUUAGGUGGGAAGAAGCAAAAAAAGGGGGUGUUGAUGCAGUUGUAA